GCUCUUCAAAGGCUUUGAUGAGAGUAGCCGAGCCAUGAUAACGAAGUACUGUACAGUUCAUCAGAAACAUUCUCACGGGCCAUGCACGCGUUUUCUUGACAUCUCAACAGAACCCCCCCUACUACCGUGGGAGUCGGGGAAUUUUUAUCUACAAACCAAAACCACUUUGAUCUUUUGCGUUUCAUACUUAGCUCCACCCAACUUCGAUCAAUUGAAGAUGUCGGAAAGCGCAGGACCAUCGACACAUCAUAUCGCCCCCGAUGUUACAUCGGACUCGAUGACCUCCAGAGACUACUAUGCGGAUUCAUACGCGCAUUUUGGUAUUCACGAGGAAAUGCUCAAGGACACCGUUCGGACGGGAUCCUAUCGUGAUGCGAUCAUAAACAAUGGCCACCUUUUCAAGGGUAAAACAGUCCUAGAUGUUGGUUGUGGAACUGGUAUCUUGAGUAUGUUCGCUGCAAAAGCGGGUGCAUCACAUGUAGUCGGUAUCGACAUGUCAAAUAUUAUCGAUCAAGCUCAAAAGAUUAUAGAAGCAAACGGCUUCAAAAACACCAUUACCCUCGUUAAGGGAAAACUUGAGGAAGCCGAGCUUCCUAUCACUGAAUUUGACAUCAUCAUUUCCGAGUGGAUGGGUUAUUUUCUUCUCUACGAAUCCAUGUUAGACACCGUGUUACUUGCAAGAGACAAGUACCUCAAGCCGGAAGGACUGAUAUUCCCCGACACCGCAAGAUUACUUUUUGCCGCCAUUGAAGAUCAAGACUACAAAGAAGAGAAGAUUAAUUUCUGGGAGAAUGUGUAUGGCUUCGACUAUUCGUGUAUCAAAGACAUCGCACUACGUGAACCUUUGGUGGACACCGUUGACCUCAAAGCGGUCGUGACCGAUCCCUUUGUUAUCAAACACAUCAAUCUCUUGACAGCCACAAAGGAGGAUCUGACUUUCAAAGCACCUUUUACUCUCACUGCUACACGUAGUGACUAUGUUCAUGCAUUCCUCGCCUGGUUCGACAUCGUCUUCGAUUGCACACAUAAGAAAGUCAAGUUCUCGACAGGCCCACACGCGCAAUACACCCACUGGAAGCAAACAGUGUUCUACACCCCCUCGACAAUUAGGAUUACCGAAGGGCAAGAAAUCGCUGGCACUGUCUCUUGCGCACCGAACGCGCGGAACAACCGUGAUCUUGACAUUGCCAUUUCAUAUGCAGUUGUCGGUAACAACGAAGAGACCGACGACAACGAAGAGACCGAUAAGUACGAAGAGAAAACAGUAGAGUACAAAAUGUCCUGAUCGACAAACAAUUCAUCGACUUCGACUUCCACGCUUCGACGCGCUGUCAUAUACACCCCCAUCCCCUAUAUACCAUCAUUUACCUGCAACCUCGACCUCUGGAUUGGACAACAACAGGUAUUAGCUUGGAUACACUGACAUUGCAGCCCAUCCGACUUAGUUCUUGUGUCACACAUCUGUAUCAAACUUAUUGUUGUUGGUUGCAUCAUUAGAUCACACCAUCCCCCUUAUCGAUUGACCACGUGCAAGUUAUGCCAGCCACCGAAACAAUCGCCUUUCUUAAAUUUGCAGAUUCUGCGACUGCGUCAAGGAGCAUUAUCGUCUCGUUCCUCAACCAACGUGAGCAUUUCGGUGAACUCGAAUUUGUGGCUAUUCAGCGCCAGUAGUUCGGGCGUUGUCUCGUUCAUGUCGGCGAAGUGCCCCCUGUAAACACACGCAUAAUACUACCAGAAAUUACUGUCA